ACUCACACACAUAAAGAGCAGAGCAGAGCAGAGCCGAGCAGAGGAGCUGUACUCCACGGCAGGUGCUUCACAACUCACAAAAACAGGUCAGCGGAAGUACAGUUAUGGAUAACGAAACGAAUAUGGACCUUGAAUACUCUGAUGAUUAUGCAGAGCCUUGUCCUCUGAUGUGGUAUCGCGACCAUGAAGUGACCGUCCAGACCUACGUCUACUCCCUGAUAUGUGCGCUGGGCCUGGUGGGCAACGUUCUGGUGCUCCUGACCUACGCCUUCUACAAGAAAGCCAAAUCCAUGACUGAUGUCUACCUGGUGAACGUGGCGCUGGCGGACCUGCUGUUCGUGGUGGCCCUCCCCUUGAUCAUCCACAACGAGCGCUCCCGCUGGAGCAUGGGCACGUGGGCCUGUAAGCUGCUGCGCGGAGCUUAUAGUAUGAAUGUGUACACUAGCACGCUCCUGCUAGCCUGCAUAAGCGGAGACAGAUACAUCGCUAUUGUACAGGCUCGACGCUCCCUCCGGACGCGCUCCCAGGCGAAGGCCUACAGCCGGAUCAUCUGCUUGGCGAUUUGGUUUCUGGCGUUCGUCUUAUCUCUGCCGACGGUAAUCUACCACCAGGAGAAGAAUCAAGAAUGCAUCACCAUCUUCAGUGAGAUGGAAACCGCACGGCUGGUGAAGAUCCUGAUUCCCAGCAUGCAGAUGGUGUUUGGGUUUCUGGUGCCGCUGAUGGUGAUGGUUUUCUGCUACUCAUGGACCAUGGUGACUCUUCUUAAGGCGCAGAACUUUCAGAAGCACAAGGCGGUGCGUGUUGUCCUGGCUGUGUUUUUCGUGUUUGUGCUUUGCCACCUGCCGUAUAACGUAGCAUUGCUGGUUUACACCAGUAAACUGUUUGUGGAGAGGAGUUGCGGGGAGGAGCAGGUCACGCUUAUGACGCUUUCGGUUAGCCGGACCGCAGCGUAUCUGCACUGCUGCCUCAAUCCCAUCCUCUACGCCUUCAUCGGGGUCAAAUUCAGAAGCCACUUCUGCCAGAUCCUGCGGGAUCUGCGGUGCCUCGGGAAGAGGUACAUCUACUCAGGACGCUCCUCACAGCAGACGUCGGAUUUGUACGUGUCAGCCACUAAAACGGUUGCCGAACAAAACGGCAUCAACGACAACCCGUCGUCGUUUACAUUGUGAUGUGACAACACUGGAUGUCGUUCAAUGAUAAUUGCGCACGUUUUUCGCAUUUAUGCGCACAGACUUAUGAAAUCUUUCGAUGUAAUUUUGUAAAUGCGAACAGCUUAACCUUGUUCGCAAUCUCAUUUGUCUGUUAGGGAAUUUGGAGUCUUUAAAAGCGUGAUAGUGGCUCAGUGGCUAGCAUGAUUGCCUCACAGCAAGAAGGUCGCUGGUUCGAGUUGCAGUUGGACCAUUUCUGUGGGGAGUUUGCAUGUUCUCUCCUGUGUUCUUGUGCAUUUCUUUCAGGUUACUUGGGGUUCCCCCACAGUCCAAAGACACUUUCUCCUUAGGCUGAUUUAUACUUCUGCGUCAAGCGCACAUGCAUGCUUCCGCGCGGCCUAUGCGUUGAUGUUGCCAUGACCCUCGCCAUGACGCGCACCUCUCAAAAAAUUUAACUACACAUUGCAAUGACGCGUAGCGCAAGCUCUGUGAUUGGUCAGCUGUGAUUGGAUUGUUUGCAAGAGUGAAGUCCCGUGAAGGAGCUUUGGAUAUAAAGUUUUGCUUUGUGUUUACCUCAUGGUUAAAGUUGUCGCACGU